AUGGAUGUCGGUCUCUUGGACCUGCCAGAGGCAUCUCAGGGUCAUAGCAAGACCCUGUGGGGGUGUCGGGGCAGGGCCCCCACUGUGCGUCGGCAGCGGGAGUUCAUGCCAGAUGAGAAAAAGGACACAGUUUACUGGGAAAAGCGGAGGAAGAACAACGAGGCAGCCAAGAAAUCCCGGGAAAAGCGGCGUCUCAACGAUGCAGCCAUUGAGGACAGGCUGGCUGUACUGAUAGAGGAGAACGCCCUGCUCAGGGCUGAGCUGCGGGCGCUCAAGCUUCACUUUGGCCUCCUGCAGCCCACUGUCGAGCCACCUGGUUGUAUGUUAACUGAAUUAGCUUUGAGAGGAAGGUUACAACUAGAGGCUUGUGGAAUGAGAUGUAAAAGUCUAUUAACAAAACAGGUAAUCUGUGAGUCAGGUGGGCCAAGGGGAGAUGUUCUACUUGAUGAAGCAUGUUAAGGGACUCAGACUCCAGAAACGUGCUGGAUUGAAUUACUUAGUGGUGAGACGUGGAAUCCAUUAAAAUUACAUUACCAUUUAAAUAAAUGUGUGGAACGAUUAGCUAAAAACCUGGUGGAAAAGGGCAUGUUGACAAUGAACUUUCUACUUUUUGACAUGGCAACACAUCCCAUCAUAAACAACAUUAAGCAGCACCUGGUUAUACUCUGUCUUUUUCUAAAAAAAAAAGAAGCUGUUCUUGACAAAUGGGUGAAUGACCCUCACCGCCCGGACAAGUGCUUCCUGGCCCUCAUUUCCUUGGUCCACGCCUCCGGUCUGGAGAAUGCUUUUGGUCCUUUUCUGGAUGAGUGUGAUGAUUUAGCCACCAGGAGAGCGCGGCAGCUUCUCGGCUUAGCCGCUGAAGUGGAGCGUCUGAAGGCCGACACUGACGAGGUCCAGUGGGCCGCAGGGGCUGCGUUCACUAAGUGA